AAUCAACCCAAAACCUUAAUUUCUCAGUCGAAAGGAAAAGAAAUCGACAAACUCCGACAGUCACUGUUGGCAGACUCCGCAACGAAAACUGAUUUUGUCUCUGUGUUCAAUUUCAAGUCUACUUACAAUUUUACAAUCUGUACUCCAAGGUUAGGGAAAUAUGAAAUACUGUAGCACUCGAGGAAAGGUGCAGGCUGAAUCAUUUGAGGAUGUGCUAUUCAGUGGCUUCACUAGUGAUGGGGGAUUAUACAUGCCUGAGAGAAUUCCAGUUGUGGAUGAAUGUACACUGCAAAAAUGGAAGAGUCUCUCAUAUAUGGAGCUUGUGAGUGAAGUGACUUCUUUGUUUAUCCCUCCAGAAGAAAUACCACUAGAGGAAUUAAAAGGUUUGUCAGUUAACCUUUUACAUCCUGACAUCAAUCUCAUUACCAACGCAUAUGCUGAAUUUCAACACAAGGAUAUUGUGUCCCUGGCAGCAGUGAACAACUUCCAUGUGUUAGAAUUGUUUCAUGGCAAGACAUUGGCAUUUAAAGAUUUUUCUCUGGCAUGUGUUGGGGCUUUCAUGGAUUACUUUCUGAACAAGAGAAAGAAACAUGUUAUUACUGUAGUGUCAACUUCUGGUGACACAGGGAGUGCUGCCAUUGAAAGUGUAAGGAAAUCAAAGUGGGUUGAUAUCAUAGUAAUGUAUCCUGAAGGACGCUGCAGCCAGAUUCAGGAACUUCAGAUGACAACAAUUCUUGAUGAGAAUGUACAUGUCAUCCGAGGGGAAGGUUCAUCAGAUGACUUAGAUGUACCAAUGAAAAAGUGUUUUUCAGACGAUGCAUUUGCAAAAUCAAAUAAUCUUUGUGUGGUAAACUCGAUCAACUGGUGUCGCAUAAUGGUACAAACAGUGCAUCUUCUAUAUGCUUACUUGAGGGUUUGUCGCAAUGUUGGAGACAUAGUGAAGUUUGUAAUACCAUCAGGAGGACUUGGACAUUGCACAGCUGCCAUGUGUCUGUAUAAAAUGGGUGUUCCUCUGCAAGUGGUGUGUGCAGUCAAUGAGAACGACAUUGUGCACAGGACCCUAUCAUUGGGUGACUUCAGUCCCAGUGGAGAUGUGAGGCAUACAUGGUCAUGUUCAAUGGAUAUUGAGAUUCCUUAUAACAUGGAACGUCUACUGUUGCUCUUUUCUGACAUGAAUUAUGGUCGUGUUGAUUCACUGAUGAGAGACUUUGAACAGAAUAAGUCACUGAUUAUACCUGAAGAUUUAAAAGGAGAGAUGUGUAAGGUCCUCUCUUCUGCCUCUAUGUCAUGUGACCAAACACUUAAAACAAUGAAGGAAUGCUGGGAUGAGAACAAGUACCUUCUUUGCCCACAUACAGCUGUUGGUGUCAAAGUGGUCUGGGACCAAAGACAUGCCAGUGAUCUUAAGACACCCAUCAUAUGCGUAGCCACAGCAAGUCCCGCCAAAUUCCCGGAGGCCGUCAGGGCUGCUGGUAUUGAAAUGCCGCCGUACCCGCAGUUGGCCGAGCUAUUCACCAGUCCCACAAGGUACACGGAAAUGAAGAAAGGAGAGGACUGGUAUCAAAUAUUGAGAGACAUGAUAAAAGAUAUUUCCCGCAAUAAACAUCACAACGAAAACAAUGGCACAGAAAAUGGGAGUGAAGACAGGUAGAAAAAAACCGACUGAGUUUGGAAUUUUUGAUCAUUAUUUCUGACAGUGACUUUAUCGUAGGCGAAUAUUAAUUAAAGUUAAUUUAUUAUUUUAAGUAAUGGGAUUGUAUUUUGUAAAUCAGUGUGCUUUUAUCACUAACCAUGGUUUUCAGUGAAGAAGACAAUUCCAAUGGGUGCAAUAAAAAUCUAAAAUCACUGCUAGAAUUGAUGUUCCCUGACUGUAUGGUGAGGUGUACAAUGGAUAUUAAAAGACGAAGCGGUCGUAAUUAUUAAUACGUUAAACGUUUCCAUAAAGGUUUACUUUCUAGCUGGUCAAUGCCAAGAGAUUAUCAAGGUCGAAAUCAGAUACGGCAGCUUGAAGACAUUCUAGAGUUCACAAAAGUCAGUUUCACAAAGAUAACUCCCUAGAUCUGAUUGUUAAUUCUCCCCUCUGGCUGCUACAGAUUUCCUUGGGAAUAAGUUACGAGAAUUUGGUGUUAAAUCAAGAUAACAACUUCUACCUGAUACAUUUGGGUAUUCUCAUCACCUGUUUUCUGGAUAGUGCAUGAAUAUAGUAGGGAGAAGUUACUUGUUAAUCACUUCUGGGGGUUAAAGGGUUAAGAUAAUUUGGUUUUAGCAACUGAGUUGAUGGUGUAAAUUGGCCAUCGUAAAGAGUUUCUAAAACUGACGUUUGAAGCCUUAUCCCUUUGUCCGAGCGAAGGGCGCGCCCUUCCGAACAAUAUCACCCCUAAAUCAAGCACGAAGUACAUGAGAAUUGACAAAAUGAUCGCGAACUCAAGAAGCUCUUGAUUGUCAGACAAAUUCUCCUUCUAAGUACCAUCUUGAAAUGUGUAGAGAACAGUGUGGAGAAUUUGCAUACUGAUGUU